GGAGCAUCAUCAUGGGUGGGGAGGAGGCAAUGGACAGGCUUGAGAACGGGGAUGUGGUUGUAUUUGGUUUUCUUUGGUUAGAUAAAGUGCUGGGUAUAGGAUUGAGAGUGGAGUAUGAAGACCAGUUAGGAUGGAGGAUCAGAUUGGAGUUGGGUUAGAGAUGGGGUAAAAUUGUGCUUCAGAUGAGUUUGGGAUUGACACUGUGGAGGUGGUUUGGGAUGGCAUGGCUUUGGGAUGGAGAUAGAUUUGUUUUGAUGUUGGCUCAGAAAUCCAUGGGGAUUGAAUUGGGGAUGAAGCUGGGUUUGAGUUUGGAGGUAGAAGACGUGGAAGUAGCUGUCAGAUUUGACAGUGGCCAUGAGUUUUGUUUGAUGGGGACUCAUGAGUUUGUUGACAAUGGGGGAAGACAUAAGGGUUGGCUUGUUAGGUUAAGUUGAGUUGGGUUGAUGGGGUCGGGGCUGUGUAUAAUGCAGUUGGAUUGGUUUGUAUUAAAUUGGGUUGGGUCAGGUUUUGGUUGAGGAUGAGUUGAGGAUAUGCUUGGGGACACCGGAUCCAUGAGGUUCUCACUGGAGUGGAGACAAACUUCCUUUCCAGGAUGAAUCCGGGGAAGCCUUAAUUCACGUGUGGGGGAGGUCAGGCCGCUGGCUAAGUAUAUCCUUCCAUUCCAGCUCUAAGAUGGUCUUAAAUUGUGAUUAUCUAUAUCCACUUCUGUCUCCCUCACUGUGCUUGGAGUUUACCUGAUCACUCAACUAGAAACAGGGGAAGAUUUUAUCAAAUUCUUUUUUUUUUUUUUUUUUUUUUGAGACAGAGUCUCACUCUGUUGCCCAGGCUGGAGUGCAGUGGCGCAAUCUCGGCUCACUGCAACCUCUGCCUCCCAGGUUCAAGUGAUUCUCCUGCCUCAGCCUCCUGAGUAGCUGGGAUUACAGGCGUGCAGCACCAUGCCCAGCUAAUUUUUGUAUUUUUAGUAGAGAUGGGGUUUCAACAAUGUUUGCCAGGCUGGUCUCGAACUCCUGACCUCGUGAUCCACCUGCCUCGGCCUCCCAAAGUGCUGGGAUUACAGGCGUCAGCCACCGCACCCAGCCACUUUUGUCAAAUUCUUGAGACACAGCUCGGGCUGGAUCAAGUGAGCUACUCUGGUUUUAUUGAACAGCUGAAAUAGCCAACUUUUUGGAAAUUGAUGAAAUCUUAUGGAGUUAACAGUGGAGGUACCAGGGUUCUUAAGAGUUCCCAAUUCUCUUCUGGGACUACAAAUUGUGAUUUUGCAUGCCACCUUAAUCUUUUUUUUUUUUUUUUAAAUCAAGGUUUCGGUCUCAUUCUAUUUCCCAGGCUGGAGUUCAAUGGCGUGAUCACAGCUCACUGUAGCCUUGAACUCCUGGCCUUAGGAGAUUCUCCUGCUUCAGUCUCCCAAUAGCUAAGACUACAGUGGUCCACCACCAUAUCCAGAGAUGAAUCUUGCUUUGUUUCUCUGGUUGGCCUUGAACUCCUGGCUUCAAGUGAUCCUCCUACCUUGGCUUCGGAAAGUGUUGGGAUUACACGCGUGAGCCACCAUGACUGACCUGUCGUUUAAUCUUGAGGUACAUAAACCUGGCUCCUAAACGCUAAAUAUUUUGUUGGAGAAGGGGCAUUGGAUUUUGCAUGAGGAUGAUUCUGACCUGGGAGGGCAGGUCAGCAGGCAUCUCUGUUGCACAGAUAGAGUGCACAGGUGUGGAGAACAAGGAGUGGGGGGUUAUUGGAAUUCCACAUUGUUUGCUGCACGUUGGAUUUUGAAAUGCUAGGGAACUUUGGGAGACUCAUAUUUCUGGGCUAGAGGAUCUGUGGACCACAAGAUCUUUUUAUGAUGACAGUAGCAAUGUAUCUGUGGAGCUGGAUUCUGGGUUGGGAGUGCAAGGAAAAGAAAGUACUAAAUGCCAAGACAUCUAUUUCAGGAGCAUGAGAAAUAAAAGUUCUAGUUUCUGGGCUCAGAGUGGUGCAGGGAUCAGGGAGUCUCACAAUCCCCUGAGUGCUGGUGUUUUAGGGCUCACUGGGUCUUGGAGUGCAAAGGAUCUAGGCACGUGAGGCUUUGUAUGAAGAAUCGGGGAUCAUACCCACCCCCUGUUUCUGUUUCAUCCUGGGCCUGUCUCCUCUGCUUUUGUCCCCUAGAUGAAGUCUCCAUGAGCUACAGGGCCUGGUGCAUCCAGGGUGAUCUAGUAAUUGCAGAACAGCAAGUGCUAGCUCUCCCUCCCCUUCCACAGCUCUGGGUGUGGGAGGGGGUUGUCCAGCCUCCAGCAGCAUGGGGAGGGCCUUGGUCAGCCUCUGGGUGCCAGCAGGGCAGGGGCGGAGUCCUGGGGAAUGAAGGUUUUAUAGGGCUCCUGGGGGAGGCUCCCCAGCCCCAAGCUUACCACCUGCACCCGGAGAGCUGUGUCACCAUGUGGGUCCUGGUUGUCUUCCUCACCCUGUCCGUGACGUGGAUUGGCGCUGUGCCCCUCAUCCUGUCUCGGAUUGUGGGAGGCUGGGAGUGCAAGAAGCAUUCCCAACCCUGGCAGGUGCUUGUGGCCUCUCGUGGCAGGGCAGUCUGCGGCGGUGUUCUGGUGCACCCCCAGUGGGUCCUCACAGCUGCCCACUGCAUCAGGAACAAAAGCGUGAUCUUGCUGGGUCGGCACAGCCUGUUUCAUCCUGAAGACACAGGCCAGGUAUUUCAGGUCAGCCACAGCUUCCCACACCCGCUCUAUGAUAUGAGCCUCCUGAAGAAUCGAUUCCUCAGGCCAGGUGAUGACUCCAGCCACGACCUCAUGCUGCUCCGCCUGUCAGAGCCUGCCGAGAUCACGGAUGCUGUGAAGGUCAUGGACCUGCCCACCCAGGAGCCAGCACUGGGGACCACCUGCUACGCCUCAGGCUGGGGCAGCAUCGAACCAGAGGAGUUCUUGACCCCAAAGAAACUUCAGUGUGUGGACCUCCAUGUUAUUUCCAAUGACGUGUGUGCGCAAGUUCACCCUCAGAAGGUGACCAAGUUCAUGCUGUGUGCUGGACGCUGGACAGGGGGCAAAAGCACCUGCUCGGGUGAUUCUGGGGGCCCACUUGUCUGUAAUGGUGUGCUUCAAGGUAUCACGUCAUGGGGCAGUGAACCAUGUGCCCUGCCCGAAAGGCCUUCCCUGUACACCAAGGUGGUGCAUUACCGGAAGUGGAUCAAGGACACCAUUGUGGCCAACCCCUGAGCACCCCUAUCAACUCCCUAUUGUAGUAAACUUGGAACCUUGGAAAUGA